AUGGCGCCAACAGUGGAACGUCGGGCGGCCGCCAUCGUGGAGCGGACCGCCAUUAGCCGCCACAUUGAACGUGGGGCCUACACGCUGCCGCCAUCUUGGAGUGGACCACCGUUGCUAACGACUAGCAACCCACUGUGCGCUACAAGUGCUGCGCAGACAGCGCAUGGAUUCGCGCUACCGGGCGGGAGCAUCCACAACGUGGCAACUGCAUCGCCAUUCGUGGGAUCCUACGCCUCGAUGACACCGAUUGGAACCCAAGGAGCGAAUGGGCCAAGGAGGCUCCCGGACUUGCCUAUAUUUGGAGGGCAGCCCGAGGAUUGGCCCAUCUUUAAUUGUUCGUUUGUGGAGACGACCCAAGCGUACAACUGCACGGACCUGGAGAACAACCAGAGGCUGUUGAAGGCGCUGAAGGAUGAAGCACGCGAGACAGUGAAGUCGCUGCUGAUUCACCCUGCGAACGUCAGAGCCGUGAUGGAGCAGCUGCGCUUCAGGUUUGGCCGACCGGAGCAGCUAAUACGCAGCCAGCUGAACAGCGUGCGAGAGGUGCAGCCGAUUUCGGAGCAGCAACUGGCGAGGAUCGUCCCCUUCGCAACUAGAGUGAGUAACCUCACGGCCUUCUUGCAGUCGGCGAAGGCGGAGCAACAUCUGGGAAACCCCACACUCAUGGAGGAGCUUGUGGCAAAGCUUCCCACCAGCAAACGAGUGGAUUGGGCCAGGCACGCUGCAUCGAUCCAGCCCUUUCCCACUGUAGCACACUUCAGCGCGUGGCUACAGGAGUACGCGAACAUCGUGUGUACGAUUUUGGACGUCGAUGGAAAGGAGCCGAGGCGUCGAGUUCUGCACGCGAGCGUCGACCAGGACCGACACGAGCAGCGGGAUGACCGGCAUAGAGGUUGUCCAAUUUGUGGAGGGCAACAACAUGCUACGACGAACUGCAGGGAGUUCAUCGGAGCUUCGCCACCGGGCAGGUGGAGCAUGGUGAAGAGGCAUCGGCUCUGCUUCACAUGCUUACGAAGUGGGCAUACGACCAGAUCCUGCGAUGUGCAUCGCGAGUGCCAGAUCGACGGAUGCCGCAGAUUACAUCACCGUCUGCUACAUGGAGAGGACGAAGAGCGAAGAAGGCCGGAGCAGCGAGGUGGCUUCAGGCGCCACAACGGAGGAAACCAGACGUCAGCUGUUUCCAGACGCAGCCCGGAAAGGAGGUCUUCGCCACGAGGUGGUUACAGGGACCACGAGAGGAGCCAGCAGUCGGCUGUCCUCAGGAACAGCCUGGAGAGAAGGGCCCCGCAGCCAGCAGAGGCGCCCGUGCAGACGAAUUUAAGUAUUGACGUCGAAGGAGGCCGACUUUUGUUUCGCAUACUACCAGUAACGCUGUACGGAGCUGGUCGCCAGGUGGACACAUACGCGCUGUUAGAUGAGGGAUCCUCCGUCACGAUGAUCGACAACGAGCUACGGAGGGAUCUGGGAUUGGAAGGCGAACAUCGACAGCUUAACGUCCAAUGGUUUGGAGGAAGAUCCAGCAGGGAGCCUACCAACGUGGUGAGUCUGGAGAUAAGUGGAGCUGGGAAGCCCACUCGCCACCCGUUGAGGAAUGUGUACGCCGUUUCAAAUUUGAGUCUGCCGAUGCAAACGUUAAGUCGACGAGAUGUCCAGGGCGUGCAAAGGGAUUCGCGACUGCCGAUGAAGCCCUACAGCAACGUGGUGCCGAAGUUGCUAAUCGGGCUGGACCAUGGUCAUCUGGGAUUGCCACUUAGGACGAGGCGGUUUGCCAGAGAGGGACCGUAUGCGGCCGCAACCGAGCUUGGAUGGGUUGUAUUCGGGCCAGUAAGUGGACAGUCGACUACGCCGUCACCGAGGUCCUGCCUUCUAGCCGUGUCAAUGGACGAUGCGAUGGAAAAGAUGGUGGAGGACUACUUCGAGAUGGAAAGCUUUGGUGUGAAGCUCGCGCCACCGGUCGCAGCCAGCGACGACGCGCGGGCCCAAAGGAUCCUCGAGGACACCACGGUGAAAGUGGGGCGUCGCUACCAGACGGGAUUGCUCUGGAAGGACGACCACACUGUGCUGCCACGGAGCUAUGAGAUGGCGCACAGACGGCUGAUCAACGUCGAGAAGAAGUUGAAGCGCAACGGGCAGUUGGCUCUGGAAUACGACCGUAUCAUCAAAGACUACGUUGCCAAAGGAUAUGCAAGGAAGCUGCAGCCGGAUGAGGUCGCAGUGAAGAGCGACAAGCUCUGGUAUUUGCCACAUUUUGGUGUGGAAAACCCAAACAAGCCCGGAAGGUCCGGCUUGUGUUCGAUGCUGCAGCCAAGAGAAGGAGCAGUCGGAGUCUGCGGGGACAUCAAGGAGAUGUUCCACCAAGUGCUGAUCCGACCCGAGGAUCGAUGUUCCCAAAGGUUCCUCUGGAGAGAUGGCAACGACGAUCGAGAGCCGGAUACAUACGAGAUGAACGUGAUGACUUUUGGAGCAGCCUGCUCGCCGAGCACUGCGCACUACGUCAAGACGGUGAAUGCCCUGAAGUUUCGGGAUUCAGAUCCGAGGGCAGUCAAGGCCAUCAUCGACCACCAUUACGUCGAUGACUACGUGGAUAGUUUCGAUACGGAGAGCGAAGCUAUCGAGGUAUCUACCCGAGUGAAGGAGAUACACGCGGAGGCUGGAUUCGAACUAUGCCAGUUCUCAUCCUGCUCACCCAUCGUGGAAGCGGCGUUGGGACCACCUGGACAAGUCAAGAGCGUCGGAUGGGCGAAGCUGUUGCUGCGGGAGAUCUGGAGGCAGAAGAUCCAGUGGGACGAACCGCUGCCGGAGGAGAUAGGCAGAGCCUUUGCUGCCUGGCGAAGAGAGUUGGACGCCGUGGGACAGUUCCGAUGUCCUCGCCACUAUUUUGGGCGUGGAGCAGUUCGGACCAUCGAGUUGCACGUUUUCGUGGAUGCAAGUCAAUCUGCAUUCGCGGCGGUGGCCUAUUGGAGGGUCACGUACAACGACGGAAACGUGCUGGUUAGCUUCGUGUGCGCAAAGACGAAGUGUGCGCCGAUGAGGACGAUGUCCAUCCCACGGCUGGAGCUGCAAGCAGCGGUCCUUGGAACCAGAGUGAUGAAUACUGUCAAGGAAGAACACGGUGUGGACAUCAGCGAGACGGUUUUAUGGACGGACUCAAAAACGGUGCUGAAAUGGAUCGGCAGCACCCACCGCCGGUAUAAGCAGUUUGUUGGCAACCGAGUGGCGGAGAUUUUGGAGUCGUCGAAGGUUUCCCAGUGGAGAUGGGUACCUACAGCUGACAACGCAGCGGAUGAUGCGACGCGGUCGCAGAGCAAGGCGGACCUUAGCCCGGAAUCCCGGUGGCUAAGCGGUCCCGCAUUUUUAAGGCAGCCGAAGCGGCUGGCCAACGCCUGA